AUGGCCGAGAGGACAGUGGACAUGAUCUGGCAAACACCUCCUUGGAGCCGGCUCACGAAGUUGGAUCUUUCCAACGACAUGGUCAACCAGAUGUCCCCAUGGUGGAUGACUUGGCCGAGCUCCUGGAACGUGCCGUACAUUUUCGCUCGGCACGUCCUAAAACGUUUCCUGGAUAAGGUUGCAUGGUCUGUGGACGGAAGAUGGAUUGGACUGGUGUUUUCUCUGGAGCAGAUCAUGGAAGCUGCCACCCAUCUGGAAAAAGACUGGCCAGGAGCUCUUCUCUGGCCUUUUUUGGAUGACAAGAAACGGACUGCCACCACCAAGGCGGAGUUCAACAGUGGGCAACAGGCCACAGGCUGGACAUGGAAUGCCCAUGCCCUCUUUUUGCACCAGGCGCUGUUGUCCAAAGGUCAAAUCCGACCAGUGAGCCAGUUCUGCCACGAUUGGAUGCAUGGGAUCUUGCAAGGGACUGCCCCGGUGGUCCUCUCCCAGACCAUGCGAACGAUUGGCGGCGGUGGGUUUGAUGCUUGGGGUUCUAUGCAUCGAUAUGUCCAGCUCUGGUCUGUUCCAGGGGCUUGGAAAGGAGGCCACCUGCCAACUUUGUUUUCCGCCAAGAUGGCCACGAAGCACCAGUCAAGCGAGAAGUUUUCCUGCCAGGCCAGCAAUUUGCUGCCUUUGUACCCAAUCAUGCGGCAUUACCUACACAUGGUUGUGAUUCCAGCAGGCAGCUGCCCAGAGGCAUGCAAGGCCUUCCUGGCCCAGGCCAUGCUUUAG